AUGAUUAACAAUAGUAGCCCACAAGAUUGGCCAGAACCAAUAAUCAGAGUUCAAACUUUAUCCCAAACUUGCAUAGAUUCAAUCCCUCAAAGGUACAUCAAACCUCUUAAUGAUCGUCCAUCUACAAACUCUCUUUUUGAAUCAACCAAUAUUCCAAUAAUUGACCUUGGAGGUUUAUAUAGUGUUGACCCAAACGAAAAAGCUUCAACUUUUAAGAAAAUUUCCGAGGCUUGUAACGAGUGGGGAUUCUUUCAAAUUGUUAACCAUGGUGUUAGUCAUGAUUUGAUGGAUUUGGCUAAGGAAACUUGGCGUCAAUUCUUUCAUUUGCCUAUGGAGGUUAAGCAAGAAUAUUCAAAUUCACCAAAAACUUAUGAAGGAUAUGGUAGUAGACUUGGUGUUAAGAAAGGUGCUAUUCUUGAUUGGAGUGAUUAUUAUUAUCUUCAUUAUCUUCCUUUGUGUUUGAAGGAUUACAAUAAAUGGCCUUCUUUGCCUCCUUCUUGCAGGGAAGUGUUUGAUGAAUAUGGAAAAGAAUUAGUGAAAUUAUGUGGGAGAUUAAUGAAGGUUCUAUCUAAAAAUCUUGGAUUAGAAGAAGAUUAUCUUCAAAGUGCUUUUGGAGAUCCAGGAGGAAUGACAAUUCUGUUACCAGAUGAUAAAGUACAUGGCCUCCAAGUUCGUAAAAAUGAUAAUUGGAUUACAGUGAAACCUGUUCGUAAUGCAUUUAUUGUUAAUAUUGGUGAUCAAAUUCAGGUUCUAAGCAAUGCAAUCUACAAAAGUGUUGAACAUAGAGUACUAGUAAAUUCACAUAAAGAGAGAGUUUCUUUAGCCUUCUUCUACAAUCCCAAAAGUGAUGUACCAAUUGAGCCAGCAAAAGAAUUGGUAAAGCCAGAAACACCAUCACUCUACCCUGCUAUGACCUUUGAUGAAUACAGACUCUUUAUUAGAACAAGAGGACCAUGUGGAAAAUUUCAAGUAGAAUCUUUAAAAUCUCCAAGAUAA